AUGGUCGUGCGCUCAGGCUGGUGGAUCGACUCGCUCACAUUCUGGACGAACCUCCGCGACGGCCCCACGCGCAUCGGCGGCAGUGUCCGCGGCGGCGCGGGCGCGCACGAAGUGGCCCCGCCGCCGGGCGCGUCGCACGUCGCGGCGUUCACUUUCUACAUAGGCGGCAACCGGGCGGCGGGGCCGAAGGACGAUAAGGUCAUGGGAUUGCAGGUGCACUGGGGCGAUGACGGCGACGAUGACGUCAGCUUCGUCGCCCCCGGCAGCAGCAGCAGUAGCAGCAGCAGCAGCAGCAGCAGCAGCAGCAGCAGCAGCAGCAGCAGCAGCAGCAGCAGCAGCAGCGGCAGCGGCAGCGGCAGCCGCAGUGGCAGCAGCAGCAGCGGCAGCGGCAGCGGCGGCGGCAGCGGCGGCGGCGGCAACGCGUCGUGGGUGUCUUGCAGGAAGGGCCCCGGCCACAAGGUGGACGAGGUGCAGAACACACUGGGCCCCAGCCGCUGCGCCGGCCCCUGCGAGUGCGACGGCGACCGCGCGUGCUCUGAGUUUGGCUGGCUCCUGCGGGAGACGCGGCAGCGGCUGACAAUCCCGGAGGCGGACGAGGAGCGGUGGCCCGGGUCGUAUGGGCCCGGCGCAGACGGCGCGGCGGAUGCGCCCAGCACGAGUGGGCGCGACCUGGGGUGCCCGGUCUUUGUGAUGCUGCCGCUGGACACGGUCUGGGUGGUGGAGCGCGACGGCAAGCGGGUGGCGGUGCUGAAACGGGAGAAGGCUCUGGAGAUUGCGCUGCACACGCUGCGCGGCGCCGGGGUGGAGGGCGUGAUGGUGGACGUGUGGUGGGGCAUCUGCGAGCGCGGGGGCCCACGGGUGUACGACUUCAGCGCCUAUAAGCGGCUCUUCCACAAGUGCGCGGCGGCGGGGCUGCGGGUGCAGGUGAGGAGGGGCAGCUGA